AUGCAGCUGGACGCCAGGGCCGACCACCAGCAGACGUUGUACGCGUCCAGGCUGAGGGCCAGGGCCCAGCCGGCACCCGAGCGGGACUACUACGAGGCCACGUACGCCGGACACUUGUACCCACGGCCAGACCUGGACGACCGGUACCCGGGCCACCCGUCUCCAAGUCUCAGUGACAGCUACGGCCACGGCGGAUACUUCUACCACGGGUACCCGCAGGACACAGCGCCGCGGCCGGGGAGCCCUCCAGGCUGGCACGAAGACCCCCGCGAGCCGGCGUGCGACCUUGAGCAGAGCCGGGCCCAGCUCCCGUGGCAGGACCGGGUCCCGGGUCCGGGCGACAUCGCGUCUGGAACGGACCUGCUCGCCGACAGUCUGCGGCCGGGGACCCCGGGGACGGAGCCCGUUCUGCCCGGCGAGUGCGACCCCCUGACGCCGCAGGAAUGGGGGUCCCACCCCAGCGCCCACGAUCCCCUCCAGGACGCAGACCCAGGGCCGGGGCCUGAGCAGGGCGUGUCUCGCGCAGGGCCCCAGGACCCCGUGAAGUUCUCGGCCCCGCACGUGCCGGUGGGCUUCGGGCCUGGGGGCCUGUUGGUGCUGGCGGUGCCCCGGGGCGGCCGCCCGGAGCUGGUGGAGCUGCACAGCAUGGAGGUUAUUCUUUAUGAUUCUGAGGAGCAAGAAGAAAUGAGAAUCUUCUCUGGACCUCUGAACAGGGACGACGUGUACAAGGUCGACAUCGUCACGUUCUGCCAGCGCAAGGCCGAGCAGAGCUGCAGAGCCCAGAGCCCGCGGGGCCAAGACUCCGCGCUCCUGUGGAAGCUUCUGGUCCUGCUCUGCCGCCAGAAUGGGUCCAUGGUGGGCUCGGACGUCGCCGACCUGCUCAUGAAGGACUGCGGGGAGCGGGGCCAGGACCAGCGCCAGCCGCCCGUGGCCGACCUCAUCGGGCUGGACGGCGCCGGGGCCUGGCCCGUGCCGAGCCCGGGGACCCCGAACCUGCUCACCGGGGAGACCCCCCCGAGCGUGGAGACGCCCGCGCAGGUCGUGGAGAAGUUCACCAAGUUGCUCUACUUCGGGAGGAAGAAGGAGGCGCUGGAAUAUGCCAUGAAGAAUCACCUGUGGGGCCACGCCCUCUUCCUGUCCAGCAAGAUGGACUCAAGGACCUACAAUUGGGUGAUGAGCGGUUUCAUCAGCACCCUGGCACUCAACGACCCCCUGCAGACCUUCUUCCAGCUCAUGUCCGGGCGUAUCCCCCAGGCGGCCACGAGCUGCGGGGACCAGCAGUGGGGAGACUGGAGGCCGCACCUGGCCAUGGUGCUGUCCAACCAGGGCGCGGAGCCCGAGCUGCAGCGGAGGACAAUCGUCACCUUGGGGGACACCCUGG